AUGAACACACUAGUAGACGAGUUCAGUAAAGUUACUCAACGCGUCGACUUACGAGGGAGUAUCGACCAACUCUUUCCCCUUGAUGAAAUGACUUUUCGACCCAUUAAAUACCCAUUCAACCCAAUUGAAUUUGAGAAAGAAAUCAUAUUCGAACAACCACAAAUUAAUCAAACAACAAAAAAGGAGUUCAAAGUCCUCACCCCCGACCAAGUCGACGCCCUCUUUGUAGUGAAAAAAAUACCACGCAUCACUAAGCUCCGCUCUACAAUCCAAUUUGCAACAUACACGAUCCACUUCAAACCCCCAUUUCCUAUUGAAAAGUACGCGGUGAGUUGCCCCCCAUCAUCUACUGUUAAGAAUGUGAUACAAACAGUCAUCCAAAAGGUGAAUCAAUCAAUUCUGAAUAACACAGACCAGAAGCUCUUAAGAGAAAGGGCAAGUACUUACGCCCUUUCUAUAGCAGACGAAAACGGCGUUGAAGAUGAGGACUUCCCCGUGUGCGAAGCGGAGACGUUAGUGAUAGAUAUGGGCUCCUUACACUUUCUUAUGCAAGACUCCGCGAAAUAUAAGAACGACUUAACGUGUGGGAAGCAAGAGGUAUUAACGGAGAAAAAGACGUUGUUUGACUCGAUCUAUAAAAUAUUCUUCGACGUUCCUGGCCUUGAGAAGAUGUCGGUGGUGAUACGAAUUAACGAAGACGUCGAUAUCGCAGAGUUCAUUAGAACAGUCGUUUCGGAGAGAAACAAGACAUUGGGGUUGAAUGGGAAUGAUGUCUUAAGUCUUGACACGUCAGACUAUAUACUAAAAGUGUGUAACACGGAAGGGGUCGUAAGUAAAGACGCAAAGGUUCCCGACCUCGACGAAAAGCUUAGUAGUGUAGGGAAGACUUUUAUGCUCUCUUCGAAGUUCUCUAAGACUCUUAAACUUAAGAAGGUACUUGGGUCUGAAAUAAAGGCACCCCCUUUGGAAGAGAUCCCAAGGUCUCCACGAAAUGGGAGACCUAUCUAUAAGGAGAGAACGUUGUUAAUUAGUCCGCGAGACUUGAGUCGAGAGCCUGAAAAGGGGAUGUUAUAUUUGAGUAAAUCUACGACACUGAUACGCCAUGACACCCCACGAAAGAAGUCGAUAGGAAAGGUCUUCAACGUGUGGUGGAAUCUGCGAAAGUUUCUUGUUGAGUUUAGCACACAGAAGACGGUCGGAGAGUUCAUCGACGAGGCAUCUAACUUACUUCGCAAAACAGAGAAACUCGAAGGAACCUGUUUCCUCUUUUAUUCACUAACAAACGGCGAAGUCGAUCAGAACUAUCCUUUAUUGCCUUAUCAAGCAACAAUGAAAGACGUCGAGUGGGAUAACUACUGUCUCUUAGACCAGAAAGGAUUCAACUUGCUGAUGGAAGACCGGAAGAAGAACACUAAGUCGGACUUUUUACAGAAGAAUAUUAAGGAAAUGAAGAUGUAUAAUCUCUUCUUAAUAUCAGACCCACCAAAACAGAAAGCAAUGAUCAUUUCAAAGGACAAAAUUACGUUCAGUGAUGACAAUAAGAGAAAGGCUCGAACGUUGUCAACAAGGAAAAUCGUAAGCUUUAAACCAGCGAAGUGCAUCGUCACGAAGGUCAACAACGUCAUUUUCGCGAUACAGGAUAGUUCUAAUAAACUCCAGUUCUAUUCCCUUGAUGUCGAUGAGAUCACUGCUAUGGUUGAGUAUGUCAAGCGGGGGAAGUGA